AAAACCAAUGUGCAUUAAAAUGCGAUUUGUAUUUCGGAUUAAAGACCACAGUAUUAAUGCGAAACUGUGCACCUCGGUAGUUGAUAGCACGAGUCACGACCCCAGGCCAUGACCACAAGGCCACACUAAGUUAUCAUCAGUGUGCUAAUGUUCAUUCCCUCUACCACUCACGCAGUCCAGUGCUGCACUAAGUUCAUACCGGCAUGUUAAUGUUCAUUCCCUCUCCCAAUCACUCAUUCGGGCAGUGCAGCACUAUACUGGCUACCGAUUAGAUAAGCUCAAAGCUCAUUAAUCUCCUGCUUCACUUGGCGAGGAGGAUUGUUUGUUGGUAUAUUAUCGCAAACAAUACUUGAUAUCGCUGAUUUGAUGAUAAACAUCCAGGGAGGGCCCUAAAAUACUUCUCGCAUGAACUCCACCACUUUGCCACCAGCACUUUCCGCUUGGUUACUGUAUCUGGCACUCUAUGUCGCGUGUGGAGGUGAUAUCUGAAGAUGAGACGAGAAGAGGAGAAGGUAUGGAGUGUUUGGAAUCAGACCGGACUGUCUCCAGUUCAUGGCGACUCCAAACAGAUUUUUGGGUGUUUUCACUAUGUGUACCUUCUUUAUCACCUUCACUCUGUCCAUGAACUCGAUUGUGUUGGACAGUAUUGAGAGGAACUUCAACUUGUCAAGUGUGAAGUCGAGCACUUUAGUGGCAGUCACUGAUCUCUCUGGAGUUAUCAGUGCUAUCUUUGUCAGUCAGCUCUGUGAUAAGUUCAAAGUGAGGUGGUUAUCAGUGGGAAAGUUGUUGUUUAUUGUUGGUGUCAUCAUCCUGUUGGGUUGUCAGAGGAUGGUCGAUAUUGAGACUAUAUUCGAGAAUAGUCUCAACUUCACUGGAACAACCUCUUUGCCAGAAAUAUGUGCCAAGGACACGUGCAGUUCCCAGCCCGCCAACUCUUUCGGAACUGUUUACUAUAUCCUGCUCAUAUCGUACAUCCUGCAAGGUAUCGGCAUCACCCCUCAGGGAAUACUAGGCGUUACCUACAUUGACGAGCUCUACCACCCAACUAAAGUGGCUUUUAUCCUGGCUAUCCAGGGUGGUAUCUCUCUUAUAGGGUACCCUGUAUCCAUCUUGGUGGGAGGAUGGCUCCUGAGACGGUGGGUAACAUUGGGACCUCCUCCUCCCGUACUCAAUCCUAGAUCUCCAGCCUGGAUUGGUGCGUGGUGGCUCGGUUUCCUUCUCGGACUGAUCCCACUGAUCCUGUUGACCAUACCUUUGGUGGGGUUUCCCAGACAAAUGCCCGCUGCUUUGAAAAUUAGUCGUGCCAAAGAAGAGAUGGGAAUAAGGUAUUCCUUCAACCAAACGGACGAGGAGACCAGAACCUCGGUUAGCAUGGACGUUAAGAAGUUUUUAAAGCGACUAUUUGGGAAUAAAUCUUUGCUUUUUCUUCUUCUCGGGGAUAUUGUUCAGUUUCUCCAGGUAGCUGCUUUUAUCCUCUUCACCCCAAAGUUCAUGGCUCAUGCUUUUAACCUGGAUAGCACUUCUGUGGGUCUCUACAUCUGCAUCAUCUAUGGUAUAUCCUUUCCCCUUGGAUCAAUUAUUGGGGGAAUAUUCACGAAACUUUUCAAGAUGACUGGAAAAGGAGCAGCGCUUUUCAUGGCAAUCACAACACUUAUCAGUUCUCCAUUUCUACUGGGAAACUUGUUUUAUUGUCAACAAGUACCUUUUGCUGGAGUGACCCAUCCUUACGCUGGAAAUAGCAGUGUAAGUGGUGGAUUUGGCGCAUCCAAAUCUGGUAUUCAAGACAGCCAGUCCGGUUUGAAAAGCCACUGUAACGAGGAAUGUGAGUGUACAACCAUGCUCUAUAAUCCAGUAUGUGGGACUGACAACCUAACAUACUUCUCCCCUUGUUUCGCUGGGUGUCAGGGCAGUCCCUCUCUGCGCGGCGGUGUACUGCUCUAUACUAACUGCACGUGCGUUGUAAACACGGAGACGCCAUCAGACGGAGGGACCGCGCGAGCAGGACGAUGCCCGACAGAGGACUGUAACGGUAAACUGAUCGUGUACCUUAUCUGUGCCUUCCUGUACAUGUUACUGAGGUUUAUAGCGUACCCACCUCACCAGCUAGUCUACCUGAGGAUAGUCGCGGAAGAGGACAGGGCUGCAGCACAGGGUCUCCGGACCAUCACCACCAAACUAUUCGGCCAGAUCCCCGGUCCCAUCCUCAUCGGGUACCUUGUUGAUAAUUACUGCUACGUGUGGAAGACGAGCUGCGAGGAUGACUCCAACUGCUGGUUCUACAACAUGGACGGGCUUACCAAGAUUCUGGGAGCUGUUUACUUCGUGUUUAUUUUCGUAGCUUCAAUAUUUUUCCUGUUGUGUUGGUAUACUUUCCCAGAGAGGGGUUUUACUUCUGGACAGAGAAGGGGGAGUAAAUGUGGGGUUAACUCAGUCCAACCUGCUUCACUUGAUAUUGAGGACAAUGCGAGUGAUCUCAAUACUAAAACACAAUCUUUUGUGUGA